AUGGCCUCCUCUCGUGUGUUCGCCUCCCGACUGGCCACCACCGUGGCCUCGAGCGCCCCCAAGGCUGCUCGGCCAGCCCUUCGCUUCCAGCUGAACCAGCUGAACGCUGCUCCCAAGCGGACCUUCACGCAAGUCAACAACGGCGUCCGUUCUCAGAGCAAAGUCGCUCCCUCUGCCACUCCCUUCCAGACGCUGAAGCGCCAGCAAGCGUCCAACAUCCUCAAGGCCAACGUCCGCCAGGCUUUCAUCAACCACGAGUCUCGCCGCCACUACUCUUCCGAAAUCGCCCAGGCCAUGGUUGAGGUCUCCAAGAACAUGGGUAUGGGUUCCGCCGCCAUUGGUCUCGGUGGUGCUGGUAUUGGUAUCGGUCUCGUCUUCGCUGCCCUGCUGAUGGGCGUCUCUCGCAACCCGGCUCUGCGCGGUCAGCUCUUUUCCUACGCCAUCCUGGGCUUUGCCUUCGUCGAGGCCAUCGGUCUGUUCGACCUCAUGGUUGCCAUGAUGUGCAACUUGCCCGGAAAGCUAGGUGUAUAG